AAUCGUCGCUUCCUUGUGGUUGCUUGUUUUCUAAUUAUGCUUCUACAUCUCUUUCUUGGAUGAAUAUGUGUGCAUCUGUGAAUCUUGUACUGCAUUGGUAUUUUUCCGCCUGAAAUUACAUUUUUUCUACACAAAAGAUAUAUUUUCCUUCUCAGCAGCAGCCAGCGGAUGUUUUCUUUCCAAUGGAUCUUGAAGCACAUUGCAUAGGAGUUUUUGUUUUUAACUUGCAAAGUGAGGGCCGUAGCAUCGAAAUUUCUGCAAUUAUUUGAAGCUACAUCAGCGUAGAUCAUGUUCCCGGGUCUUUCUUGUUAAACUGUAUGUAUUGCAAAAGAGCUUGUGUUGAUGGCACGAGCUCUCGUAAAUGCAGCACUAUCUGUGGUGAUGUCAACAUACCAAUACAGAGUUUGAUCUGAAAUGUCUCUUGUCCUACAACUUCAAUGGUUUUAUCGUUGAUGUUAUCACGAAUGAAUGCGCAUUUGUGCAUAAUCUUCACGCAAGUUAGAACCUCACUGAUAAUCACUAAUUCUUAGGUGUUUUUCUGCACAAUGGAUGUGGAGCCAAGCCCCUUGAUUGUGUCCCCAGCUAGGGAUUGGUCUGAGCUUCCACUUGAUGCCCUUUCCACAAUUUUCAUGAAGCUUGGGACCAUUGAGAUCUUGAUGGGCGCAGGCCUUGUGUGCCGCUCCUGGUUGGUGGCUGUGAAAUCACCAGAACUGUGGCGCUUCGUGGAUAUGACAAACCAUCAGAUGGUUUUCUCAAUGAACGGUGGGCCAGAGACCUUGUGUGCAAUGGCCAAAGUGGCCAUAGAUCGCUCUGAUGGACGAAUGGAGUCAUUCAGGGCUCAGAUGUUUGUUACAAGCGAACUCUUGGAUUACAUUGUGAGCAGGGCCAAUUCAUUGAAGAGCAUACAACUAACUAAUUGCUUGUUUCUUUGGACCCACAAAUUGGGUAGGUUUGCAUCUAAAUGCCCCCUUCUGGAGGAGAUAGAGUUCUCUUACCAAAAAAUGCUACCUGAACUUAUCAGGCAUAUUGGUAGUGUGCACCCAAAUCUGAAGUGUCUAAGAAUUUCGUUACCAUCCAUUUACGAAGGCGGGGUACAUAGGGAAUAUGACGAUUCAUGGGAGGACAUGAAAAAUGAAGAGGCCUUUGCCAUAGCAGAGAGCUUGCACGAGCUGCGGUUUCUUCAGAUGGCAGGCAGAUGCAUGUCCAACGAAGGAGUGUAUGCCAUCAUCAAGGGCUGCCCUCACCUCGAAUGCCUCGACAUCACCAAAUGCUGUGAUGUGGAUGUCGACGAUAAACUCCGUUCUCACUGUGCCAAGAUCAAGUGUGUCUUGUUACCCAAACCAAUGGGUUGGUCUUCACUUCCUGGAUUUGCAUGUCAAAUAGAGGACAAGGCAAAGACUAUGAUCUCACCGGACCAGUUUGUUGAAGGGCAUUUGACUCGCUGGUGGUUUGAUUCUGAUCAGAUGAUUCGGGAGAUUGCCAUGGAAAAUCCUCAAAAUGAUGAGGAUGCAUAUGAGGAGCCUGAGGAGGCUUGUAAAGCGAUGCAGACUUUGUACUACUUUACUCUCCACAAGCAAGGUGAGACUAUUUCCAACACUGACAAGAUUGAUGAUCAGCUUUGGUUAGCUCAGUACGAUUAUAGCUGCCCUGAUCUUCAUGUCAUCGGAGAGUAUGAGGGUAAAGACUACAGCAACAUUGUGCGCCGUCUUUCAGAAGAGGAGGAUAUGGAUCUGUGCGCUGAGGGGGAGAUGGAUGAUGGUUCAUACGGAGACGACUACUGGCAGGACUAUUGCUCGCCCCCAUCGUCCCCUGAUGAGUCCUCCCGCCCUGAUUUGAGCAAAGUGACCUGUGAUGACACUAGGUUCUAUACUGACAUCCAUGAGUACUACUCCCUGUGAUCAUCUCAGUGCCUUGUUUGGACCUUUAUGCUGUGUGCUUUAAAUUGUGUCAUGGACACGUGGUGUGUUCUUUAAAUUG